AUGGGUGCCUUCAAGAACAGGAAUGUCUAUCUCCUCACGACAGUGGCCUACAUGGGCUCGCUGCUCUUUGGAUUCGACACGGGUGUUAUGGGCUCCGUCCUGGCCUUGAACGCGUUCAAAGACGAUUUCGGCCUUCCUCCUGGCAAGACUGGUUUCGCCAGCGAGAGAAAUGCCGAAGUCAGCUCAAAUGUCGUCUCUCUCCUUACCGCCGGUUGCUUCUUCGGCGCUAUCGCUUCUUCCUUCAUCAACGAGAAGAUUGGUCGCCGUCCAACCCUCAUGGCUUUUUGCGUCGUGUUUCUCAUCGGUGCAGCUAUACAGGUCGCCGCCCACCAUGCAAUUGGUCAGAUCUAUGCCGGAAGAGUCAUCGCAGGUCUUGGGGUUGGCGGUAUGAGCAGUGUUGUCACGGUCUACGUAUCCGAGAACGCACCAGCUCGACAGCGCGGCCGUAUCGCCGGUCUCUUCCAGGAAUUCUUGGUCAUUGGCUCGACGUUCGCAUACUGGCUCGACUAUGGUGUCAGCCUUCACAUUAAGCCCAGCACUCUACAAUGGAGGGUGCCCGUUGGAGUCCAGCUAAUCCCUGGAGGACUAAUGCUUAUCGGUCUUUGCUUUCUCAAGGAAUCACCUCGCUGGUUGACGAAGAUGGGGCGCCAUCAGAAGGCCGCAGAAAGCUUGGCAUGGUCGCGCUGUGCCAAGAUCGAUGAUCCCGAACUCCUCGAGGAGCUUGCAGAGAUCAGGGCGUCAAUCGAUGAGGAGAUGAACUCUACUGAGGGAGUGACCUGGAAGGAGUGCCUUCAGCCUGGCAGCCGAAAGCGUUUCUUCUUGGCAUUUUGCAUCAUGUUCUGGCAACAGUUCUCGGGAACCAACAGUAUAGGCUACUAUGCGCCUCAGAUCUUUCAAACAGUUGGUAUCAGUAGCACUAACUCGUCUCUCUUCGCCACCGGUGUCUAUGGCACGGUCAAAGUCGUUGCCACCGCUGUUUUCUUACUCGUUGGUAUCGAUCAGCUAGGCCGCAAGAGGGCAUUGCUGGGAGGCGCGGCAUGGAUGAGUAUGUGCAUGUUUAUUAUCGCUGCUGUGCUGUCGACCCAUCCGCCAGAUGUCAAGAACCCACAUGUCAGCAAGGCAUCGAUCGGUAUGGUAGUCAUGAUCUAUCUCUAUGUCAUUGGAUAUUCUGCUUCCUGGGGACCGACUCCAUGGGUAUUUGUGUCCGAGAUCUUUCCAACUAGGCUGAGGGCAUAUGGUGUUGGCUUGGCUGCUGCAACCCAAUGGCUUUUCAAUUUUGUGAUAACGAAGAUUACCCCAAUUGCGGUCUCAACAAUUGGCUGGAAGACCUUCUUGAUGUUCGGGAUCUUCUGCUUGGCCAUGGGUAUCUUCGUGUGGUUCUUCGUGCCAGAGACGAAACGUCUAUCUCUGGAAGAGAUCGACGUUUUGUUUGGGAACGUAGAUGCUAUUCAACGGGCCCAGGAUAUCGAGAUUGCUCUCCAUGCCGAGAAGAAGGAAUUGGAGCUGGAGCAGCGCGAGGGCGGGACGGUCACUCACGAGAUGCCUCCUAAGGUUUGA